GUCUGUCUGAGCGACACAUGCACACACACACACACACACAAACACACACACGGCCAUGAAGGAGCUUACGCAGAACAGCGAUACACGCAUGGACGUCUCGUCUUUCGACAAUCCCCUUCAGAAAUGCAUGCAGAAGACAAAUCACCAACGCUCUUGCAUUGCUAUCCACCCACGCAGACGCGUGCAGUCUACUCUUCGCCGACAGCAGCAGCAGCAGCAGCAGCAACAUUCGGCGGCGUCUUCUCCCCUCCCCUGGAGCUCGUGUGGGAGCUGGAGCUGGAGCUGGGCGGCCGCUGCAGCCUCUCAAUCAUCAACAGCCGAUACCCCGCCCAACCUAUCAUGAUCCUGCGCAUCUCUUCGAACGAUAUCCACUCUGUCGGCCGCUGGCCUUUCCGAGCGGUGAGCACUUCUCGCUUCACAGCGCGUGUCACCUUAGGGGCGGCAGGGGCGGUUGCUGUGCUUGUGUUGGCGUUGGUCUCGGGGCUGUUGCUUUGGGGGCUUCGGGGGCGCUCUGCUGCUGCUGCUGCUGCUGAUUGAGGGGUCUCGCCUUCUGCUGCGUCGUCUCCAUUUGUUGGUGCCAUGUCCGGGUUAUCGUUGCUGCUGCUGCUGGCCGUCACAACCUCCUCUGUCUCCCAUUCCCUCCAGGCGUAAAUCAGCGCAUAGUGGUUGGUCAGGUGGAACAGCAGCACCGCAUUUGGCCGGGCAAACAUCUCCUUCAGACAGCACCACUGAUACGCGACCUUCAUCUCGUUGUCGCGCGAGCUCAGUGACACGAAUGUCACCUCUUCUUUGGGACCCCCGGCAGCCGGGCUGUCCAUGUCGCUCACGCGCGUCCGCACGCCCAUCACCACACGGCAUUUCAGAGCCUCACCUGGCCCGGCGAGAGAAUCUGACAGCAGACGGAUGCCUCCAAUGACGCCCCAAUUGCCGAUAUCCGACGUGGCUGGCUGCGGCGGUGUCAGCCUCACGAGCGUCUGCCGCUUCUUGACCAAAUCAAUGAUGAGGUUCUCGAUGUCGCUAUCCCGCAAGACCUUCCCCUUCGGCCACGCACGGCUGGGCCCCUUGACGCCUCCCCCGCCCCCCCUUCUGCCCCCUUUCUGUGCUUUCGUCUUGGCUUUCGCUGCGCGGGGGUCCAUCGAGAAGGGCAGCAGACGAGGGGUGGUGGUGUUGUUGACAUUUGGCGUCUCCACUUCUUCGACCAUGUCGAAUGUGAAGCCUUUCGGGUCUUCCGGGAGCAGCGGGGAGGGGUCCAUAGGUGAAGAGUCGGGGGGAUAUGUGGGCCCGGGAGGAUCGGGCAGGCCCGGCAGAUUGGCUGCCUCUCCUUCCCCCCCUUCCCCAUCUGCUGCAUUGUUCUCUCUGGCCGCCACCACCACAUCCGCCUCGCCGUUCUCGUCAUCUUGUUGGUCGUUCUUCCCCUCCGUCCGCAGCAUUUGGCUGAGGCGCAUAGAGACUGACAGGCGGGGCCCUGGGCGCGCGGGCUGCCCCUCUGGCGUCGUCCCUUCGGCAUACACGGCUGAGAGCGGCCGUGGGGGUGCCGAUAGGGGCUCAGGAAGAGACGGGCUGGUCUCUAUCGUAGGAGACACAGGAGCAGCUGACACAGGGGAGGGCUCCAGGCUGUGAGGCUCCCUUGGCAUGACAUCUGAGACCGAGCAAGCAACAGAAGAUGAGAGAAAUGACUGCCUGGAGACGACGAAUAAACAACGUUCAGCUGACUCUGUUCGAUUUGUGUGGUGAGGACCUCCUUGAGGCUGGCGAGGAUAUCGGCGUUCUUGACGCUGUGGGGGUCUUUCUUUGGCGCGCCAAGGACCUUCUGCUGCGCCUUGAGGCCCUGAAGGAUCAUCGUCUCGAUGUCGAGGAUCUCGCUGAGGUCGCCUUCGAGCAGCCGAGCCAGCUUCUGGCGCAGUCCAUCGAGCUGCUCGGUUACCAGCGCCUGCAUGACGCAAAUUGCCUGCAGUGAGGAGAUGUCACAGAUGUAAUAAGGAGGCUCGUAGCGUGUGUCUCUCUCUCAGUGCGUGGGGUGUGUGUGUUUGCUUACGUCAUACACGUCGAGUGCCUUGUCGUCAGUGCGUCUGAGGUGCAUGGCGGCGUUCCAUGCACUCGCGACGGACGCAGCUGCACAGCAGGGGCUGCAGGCAGACAGACAAACACGCAGACAGUCACAGACAUUAUCGCACAUUCGGCGUGUCUCUUCAACGUUCGUGUCUUGUCGACCUUGGCUGCUUCACCCAGCCUUCGAACGCUGCAGCACAGAAGCGCACAGUGAGAUACACAGACACCCCCGUCAGCUCUUUCCCCUCUUUACCUCCCUCCUCACCUCUUCGAGAGAACCCCAUCGCAAACUUGUCCAAGGGAGCAAACGCCGCCCCGCCAGACUGCUCGCCGUCUCCCGCCUUGUCACGCUCCCCCUGUUUUGGCAUGAGGAAGGAUAACAUGUCCUGGAAGGACAUCUCUUCGGUCUCUGCCGUGUCCAUCUCAUAGUCAGGAACAGGCGACGCCAUCGUGGGGGUUGUCGGACGGCUGGCGGGCCGCGAGCGGUUGCUCGGCGUGCCGGCAGGUUUGGAAGGCGUCUUCAAC